AUGCCUUCCAGAUCCCAGUCCGUGCUCCUCCCUCUGGGACUCGUGGCGGCGUGCCUGUACGCGGGCCGGGUCUUCGUGGCCCCGCGCGCGCCCAGCCUGCGCCCUCAGGCCGGCAAGGCGCUCGUGGCGCUGCAGGGCGCCGCCAACAGCGUGCCGACCGGCCUCGUGUACCCCUCCCCCGAGGAGGCGGCCAAGACCCGCGAGGUGGACGGCAUCACGCUGUAUUCCACCCACGCCUGGACCGACGACAUGGUGCCCAUCCUCGAGGCCGAGAGCAAGCCCGAGCAGGCGCCGGUGAUGAUCGGCGUGGCCGCCGACUCCGGCUGCGGCAAGUCCACUUUCCUCAGGCGCGUGCUGGGCGCUUUGGGCACCGAGGUCAAGCCCGGGCACACGGCCAUCGGCGACAUGCUGACGGUCAUCUGCCUGGACGACUACCACAUCAACGACCGCGCCGGCCGCAAGGCGACCUCUCUGAGCGCGCUGGACGCCCGCGAGAACGACUUCGCGCUGAUGGGAGCGCAGAUCGAGGCCCUGAAGCAGGGCAAGGCCAUCUACAAGCCGAUCUACAACCACGACACCGGCAACAAGGACCCCCCCGAGCUGAUCCAGCCGAACAAGGUCUUCGUCGUGGAGGGCCUCCACCCGAUCUACGACGAGAAGGCGCGUGCCAACCUCGACAUGGCACUCUACAUCGACAUCGUCAACGACGUCAAGUUCGCCUGGAAGAUCCAGCGCGACGUGGCCGAGCGCGGCUGGACCGAGGACCAGGUCAGGGAGGAUAUCGAGAAGAGGCUGCCCGACUUCGCGGAGUACGUGGACCCGCAGAAGAAGGACGCCGACGUCGUCCUGCGCUACGAGCCCUCCGACCAGGGCCUGCCUUACCUCAAGGUCAAGCUCAUCCAGAAGAAGGGCGGCGCUUUCCCAGCGAUCUCUCUCAAGAAGGAGAUGACCCUCACCGGGAGCAAGCCGGGCGCCACCCUGAAGCAGUACGACGACGAUUGGUAUGGCAGCCCAGUGAGCGUAGUCGAGAUGGACGGAGAGAUCGACAUGGACAACAUGGCCGAGCAGGUGGCCGAGAUCGAGGCCAACCUCGAGGGCCUGAACGGCCGCAGUCCCAGCGAGCUCACGGACGCCAUGGUCAAGCUCAAGGACAGCCCCGGCUCUCAGAACGGCACCGGGCUCCUUCAGGCGAUCAUCGCCAUGAAGAUCCGCGAGGUCUACGACAAGCUCACCCAGUAA